GACUGAGUCGCCCGCUGCAGGAAGAGGAACCUACAGCUUGCACCAGUUCCUAGUGCCCUUUCAGUCGCCCGAAACACAUGAGACGCUUCCAGGAAUGGAAACAAUCGAAAUUGGCCUCAAACUGGUAGAUGGUAGAGCCCUUGUGAUGGACAAUGGUUAUAUCGUCUUCAAUCGCGUUGGCAUACCGUGCGCCAAUCUUGCCCGUUUUCAGCACAUAGACCACGAUGGACGAUACAAGCUACGAAAUGCGGAAGCAAAGGUCCUAACGAGAGGAAUCACGAUGCUCGUACGCGUUGGACCCAUCGAAAUCGCGGCGCAUUUUCUCUCCCACGGCGUGCUGAUCGCCAUCCGCUAUGCCGUAGUCAGGAGAUAAUGGUCGGCGCGUACAUCCUCCAACGGACUGAAGCUGCAGAUCAUCGAGUACCCACAUGUCCAGCAGCGUCUCUUCAAUGCACUUGCAUCGUCCUACGUUCUUUCCUUCACCGGCCGCCGCCUGCGCAAAAUCUAC